GACGCCCAUUGAUUGAGAAAGCCCUCACACGCACCUAACCGAACCCCUUUAGAGAGAGAGAGAGAGAGAGAGAAAAUGGCCGUCUCGUCGUUCCAGUGCCCUACGAUCUUCUCCAUCCCCAGCUUCCAAUGCCGUUCCGAUCCAGAUCUCGUCGGCUCCCCCAUCGGAGGAUCAUCUCGCCGCCGUUUCAACCCCACCGCCGGUAUGCCGUCGCCGUUCACCGGCGGCGGUCGCAUGUCCUCAAUGAUCUUGAGGUUUCCUCCUAAUUUCGUCCGUCAGCUGAGCAUCAAAGCCCGCAGAAACUGCAGCAACAUCGGCGUCGCGCAGAUCGUGGCUGCUAAGUGGUCCGACUCCGGGUCACCACCGGCGGUGGCGGCGGCAGCAUCGUCUGCUUCCGCCGCCGCCUCAGCCCCUGCGGCUGCCGUUCCUCCCGUCGCGCUGAAUGGCGCGGACGAGGAGGUAGUGGCGGCCGAGGGGAUUAGGGAGAUAGGUAGUGUACAGCUGAAGGAUUCGAAACCCUCAUUUUUGAGCUCCGAUGGGAGUCUCGCUGUUCAUGCUGGUGAAAGAUUAGGUCGUGGUAUAGUCACCGAUGCUAUUACUACUCCUGUGGUCAACACGUCUGCCUACCAUUUCAAGAACACUGCUGAGCUUCUUGACUUCAAGGAGAAACGGAGUGUCAGUUUCGAGUAUGGUCGUUAUGGAAACCCUACCACUAUCGUUCUUGAGGAUAAGAUUAGUGCACUUGAAGGUGCUGAAUCAACCUUGGUUAUGGCUUCUGGGAUGUGUGCGAGCACUGUUAUGCUUUUGGCCUUGGUUCCUGCUGGUGGCCACAUUGUCACUACUACAGAUUGUUACAGGAAGACUAGAAUUUUCAUGGAGACUUUUCUUCCCAAGAUGGGUAUCACUGUCACUGUGAUUGAUCCUGCUGAUAUCGCGGGUCUUGAAGCUGCUGUGAAUAAGUACCAAGUUUCUCUCUUCUUCACUGAGUCACCGACAAACCCAUUCCUUAGAUGUGUAGACAUUGAGCUAGUUUCGGAAAUAUGCCACAAAAGGGGAACUCUUGUUUGCAUCGAUGGCACCUUUGCAACACCUCUGAAUCAGAAAGCCCUUGCUUUUGGUGCUGAUCUUGUCGUGCACUCUCUUACCAAGUACAUCGGAGGACACAACGAUGUUCUUGGUGGAUGCAUCUGCGGCCCACUGAAGGUGGUUUCAGAAAUUCGCAAUCUGCAUCAUGUGUUGGGAGGCACACUUAACCCGAACGCAGCGUACCUAAUCAUCCGAGGCAUGAAGACAAUGCAUCUUCGUGUACAGCAACAGAAUUCAACUGCCUCAAGGAUGGCCGAAAUUUUAGAGGCACAUCCUAAGGUGAGUCAUGUAUACUAUCCAGGCCUUGCAAAUCAUCCCGAGCAUCACAUUGCCAAGCGACAAAUGACUGGUUUUGGAGGUGUAGUCAGUUUCGAGAUUGAUGGAGACAUUGAAAGAACAAUAAAGUUUGUGGACUCUCUCAAGAUUCCGUACAUCGCACCAUCUUUUGGUGGCUGCGAAAGCAUCGUGGACCAACCGGCCAUCAUGUCUUACUGGGAUCUGGCACCGGAGGAGAGGCUCAAGUAUGGAAUAAAAGACAACUUGGUUCGUUUCAGCUUUGGAGUUGAAGACUUUGAAGAUGUCGAAGCUGACGUUCUUCAAGCUCUCGAAGCCAUCUGAAGUUCCAAUUAUUUCACUCCUUAAAACCGUUGUCGUUUAAGUGAUGCUUUGUCUUCUCUGUUUCCUUGCUUCUUUUUUUUACCUCUCCCUGUUUUCAGCUAUCACGGUAAUAAUGUUCCGCCACAUUUACCGUUUCGUAAUAAUCGGAAAACUAUUUAUGUUGGGCUUAAA